AUACGUAUACGUAUUUAUAACGUUCUACGCCGUGCUCGACGAAGCAUCUCUGUUGAGUCUGUUACAUUGUGAUAUCGCAAGAUGGAUUGGUCAUGGUUUUCGACGCCUUUUGGGCUAUUACUAACCACUCUGAUCGUCAUCGUGGUCUCGAAAGUUAUCGCCACGAUGAAUCGUAUGUAUUUCUACUGGAAAGGUAAGGGUAUACCUUACAUGCCAAAUUCGUUAUCGUCUGCCAUAAUGGGCUGGAAAAUGUUGGCUGGUCGCUUUCAUUUCACCGAAUGGUGCGAUUAUUUAUACUAUUAUUUCCCGAACGCUAAAUACUUUGGAAUGGUGGAUUUCGCUACGCCUGCCAUACUUCUGCGCGACCCUGAAUUGAUUAAAGACACCAUGGUGAAGGACUUUGAGCACUUUCAAGAUCAUCGCGCGUUCGUUGAUGAAAAUCUGGAACCGUUGUUCGGCAAGGCCGUAUUCUUUAUGCACGGAGAUCGCUGGAAAGAAAUGCGAAAUGUACUGAGCCCUUCUUUCACCGCCAGCAAGAUGAAACUUAUGUUCGACUUGAUAUCGGAUUGCGCCCAUGAUUUCGCCAACUAUUUUGUCGAGCACCCGGAGCUCUGUUCCGAGGUCGAAUUAAAGGGGACAUUCAGACGUUAUACCAACGACGUGAUCGCCACAGCGGCCUUUGGCCUGAGCGUGAAUUCUAUGAAAGAGCAGGACAACGAGUUCUACAUAAGAGGGAUCGAGGCUACCAAAUUCUCGAGUGGAUUUCUCAUGAUGCUCAAGUUCAUAUUUCUACGCUCGUUUCCGAGGUUCUCCAAAAUGAUUGGCCUGACGCUCUUCACAAAUGAGACGUCCACGUUUUUCAGGAAGAUCGUGGCGGAUACCAUUAAAAUGCGGGAGGAGAAAGGUAUUGUCAGACCGGAUAUGAUUCAUUUGCUAAUGCAGGCUCGGGAGAAGGAAGGUACCAGUGCGCAGGUGACGUUAGACGACAUCGUUUCGCAAGCCUUCAUCUUUUUCUUCGCUGGCUUUGACACGUCCUCGACGCUGAUGUGCUUCGUUGCGCACGAAUUGGCGGUACAUCAGGAUAUACAAGAUCGUUUACGCGAGGAGAUAAAGCAAUAUCUCGCCGAAGGAAACGGCAAGAUUUCUUACGACUCGCUGUCGCAGAUGUCUUACAUGGACAUGGUAGUUUCCGAGGCUCUCAGGAAAUAUUCUCCAGUAGUUAUUCUCGAUAGAGUUUGCACCAAGAAAUAUGAACUGCCUCCUGCACAACCAGGUUGUAAGAGUCUAACUAUUGAGCCUGGUACCAUAAUAAUGUACCCUGGUUAUUCUUUACAACGCGAUCCAACUUACUUCCCGAAUCCGGAAAAGUUCGAUCCCGAAAGAUUCAGCGAUGAGAACAAAGACAAGAUUGUACCGUACUCUUAUCUACCAUUCGGUUUGGGGCCUAGAAAAUGUAUUGGCAAUCGAUUCGCCCUUAUGGAGACAAAGAUUCUGCUAGCUCAUCUUUUACAAAAGUUUACUCUAAAGACUACGCCUAAGACGGUUGAACCAAUCGUAUUUAAUAAAAAGGAAUUUGCGUUGCAACCUGUCGGCGGAUUCUGGAUUCGUUUAGAAAAGAGAGAAACGUAAAAUUUUGUAUUACAUUCCGAAACAUGUUAUUUAUUAUAAGUAUAUGUUUGGAAAAAUAUCGCUUUAUUCUUAGCUUUCAAAAUAUUUGAUGUAUACAUCACUUUUGAAAAUAAUUGUGAUAAGAUUUAUUUGCGAUAUGUAUUUACGUUAUCGUAUAAGAUAAAUGACUUUGAAAAUGAAGAAUUCAAGAUGAAUAAUCAAAGUUCUUGUUAAUAACAGAUCAUGUUAAUAACAAAAAAAGAUUAAAUAUCAAAUUAAUUCAUGUAAACAUCUUGACUUACGUAAAUUCUCAAGUCCAUUCGAGCGCUAAUCAUCUUGAAUGGCUUAUAUAAUUUUAUAUUUAUCAAGCAGCUUAGUAGAAACGGCAUCAUUAGAUAAAGUUUAUUGUUAAUGCUUUAUGUAAAAAAAUGUCUUUUAGCGCGCAAACAUGUUUUGCAUUUUUUUAUUUUCAAGAUAAAUUUCUUUUUUUUAUCAAAUCAGAUUAUAUUCUUUGGAAAUUGUCGUAAAAUUACGUGUUUUAUAUAUAUAUAUAUAUAUGUGUAUACAAUAUUACACUUUUAAAUAAAUAUAACAACAUUGAUAAUAGUUGAUGCAAUUCGCUAUGAUAUUGUAUAUCACAUAUGUGCAUUUAUAACAUUUUUAUUACUUUAAUUAAUCAAAAUAUUAAUAAUUUCUUUAAAUGCAUUCAAAUACUUGCAUAAAUAUAUCGACUGUACAGACGUUUAAUACGGGCGUUAAAACAAUUAUGCCAUCAUAUUGAAUCUGUAUCACUCAGUACAACUGUGUCAUUUGUUCAGAACGAGAGCUUAAUAGACAUUUAGCGGUACGAUUGCCUAAUCGACAAAAUUCUCAGUGUUUUAUAAGGAAAAUAACAGCGACAAUAAAUUUGAAUAACAUAAAUUGGAAAAAAUUGCAUACAUAUAUUUCAUAUCUCUGUAUCUCUGCAUUAUCGUAAUAUCAUUAUACUCAGAAAUACAUAGAUUCUCUCCCAAUAUCGGCAUCUUUCUAUAACAUCAGCAUAUGUAAAAAAAAAGUUUCAGAAAAUCGUUCUUAAUUCAUGUAAAAGAUACGUCUCGGUCAUGAAAGAAUGUUUUAUCGAUAAAAUAUAUUUAGUACAACUUUAUACACAAUACCUUUUAAUAAAAUAAAAUUGUAAACAAUUAUCAAUUGAACAGAAAACUAUUUGUCAUGUACUAGUCGAAACAAUCUUCUUGAUGAAUGAAACUAAGAUGAUGUCAUUCUUCCCCUUUGACCGUGAAUUAUACUUAAUUUAAUCUUGAUGCGGAUUUUAAGACGGCGUGUGUUUGCGUGUGUGCGUUUGAUAAACUUCGAGCGUAGACGAUUGUUUAUUAGCGAUUCAUCGAGAUUUCAAUCAAAUAUCAUGCGUUUAAUAAAACUUUGUAAAGUAUUUAAACAAUAGCAAUUGUAUUUAACGAUGUUAAAUUGAUAAAUUUUAUUCUACAAAGCAA